AUCGUUUGAGUGCAUGAUAGAUUGAGGAGGUUUAGAAUUCAAAUACUAUAGGAGAAAAGGAGUUGUGGAUCGCCGGUGCUAUUCCGGCGAUCAUAUUUCACACCGAUCAAGAUCAUCUGGCGGCAUAAAGCUUAAAUGGGCUUGGAACGUGGGAACAGAAGCCGUAAGCGAUCAAAAUCAAAUGCAAAUGUCAAUGUUAAUGAUGGGAACGGAGCAAGUAAUGUAGAUGUUGUUGAGAAAAAUCCAAAACGUAGUGUUCUGUUUGGAAGCAAUGAAUAUUUGGAGAAGACAACACCUGCAAAAGAAAGUAGUAAGAAGUCAGAGUCGAAUUCAAAUGCUUCUCCUCCUCCUGCUGCUGCUGCUGUUAAUGAAUCUUCUUCAUCAACUUCACCGCCAGAUGAUGUCUUGCCUUUAGCUGGGAAAAAUUGUAAGGAACCCAGAAGGAGCAGUAGUUCUUUGCCAGCAUUAAAAGAUGAAAAAAAGGGGAAUUCGCAGCAUCACGAGUCUUCCAAAUCAAGAGGGUCUGAAAAUAGCUCUGUUGGUCAAUCAAUAACAUUUCCUGUUCCUGAUUUCAUCCCUGAAUCCUAUCAUUUGCACGUAGCUUCGAUGAUGCAAUCUCCUCCAAUGCAAGUGAUGGAACGAUCAAGAGGAGGAGGAGGAGGAGAAGGAUAUGAUCCUUGCAGGAUUCCAUCCGCUAUAUUUGAAACAAACCAGACAAAACCAGUUGAAUGGAGCAAUGCUUCUAAUGAGUCUUUGUUUAGCCUUCAAUUAGGGACUAGUUUCUCCAGAGAUCGUCUUUUAUCGAUGGAGUUUAGCAAGCCUGGAGAAGUAGAAUUCCAAUUUAGCCCAUCCCCUUCUGUUCCAGUGGCAGAUACAGAAAAUAGGAUUUCAGUGGCAAAUCGGCCUUCAAUCCCUAUGGAGGAAACAAGAGAAGAAACUAUUGAAACAAAGAAGAGUGAAAGUUGUGUAGCAGAUGGGACAACCUCCAAGGACGCAACCAAGCCAGAUGGUGUUGAAGAUACAAGCGAGAGAAACAAAAAAACUAUAACUGUUGAAUGGAAAUCCAAAAAAUCAGAUGAAAGUGAAGAAAGCAAUCACCCUUUGGCGUUUCCAGUAAACAAGAAGUGUGCAUGUCCGUCUUGCUACUAUUCUAAUUGUAGCCGGGCAUUCCGCUAUUGUACCUGGCCAAGCUGCUACUGCUCCAAUUGUAGCUGUUCGUUCUGCUACUGUUUGAACUGUGGACCCAAAAGAUCGUGUUGGUGCUGGUGUUGUCGUCCUUCCCCCACUUUGGAAGCUGGGGUAAAAACUAAUCCAAAGGGAUUUGCUAAGAGUCAGCCUCUGCAGCCACCACAUCUACCUGAAUCAACACCAACUUCCAAAGCAAUUAUGAAAUCAACUUCUGGUAGCUGUUUUCAUUGCUUUUCAUGUUGUUCAUGGAGUUGUUCUUCAUGUCACUCUUGUAAUUGUUCUUCAUAUCACUCUUGUAGCUGCUCUUCAUGUCACCCUUGCAACUUUGUUCUUCCUGUCACACAUGUAGUUGUUCUUCCUGUCACCCUUGUAGUUGUUCUUCCUGUCACCCGUGCGGUUGUUCUUGUAACCCAUGUAGUUUUUCUACUUCAUGUUGCCCAUGUCUUUGUUCUUCGUGUUGUCCGUGUCGUUCUUGUUCUUUUCAUCCUUUCAGUUGUACUUCAUGCGACCCUCGUAACUGCACUUCAUGUCAUCCAAGGAGGAGUUGUUCUUCCUGUUUUCGUCGUUGCUCUUCUUGUUUUUGUUGUUGUUGUGGUUCUUGUAAUCGUUGUUGUCGCUGUUGUUAAGCUUCCUUCCUAUAAAAUUAGGACACCUACAGUAUAG